UAUUUUUGGUUAAACAAAGUGGUUUUGUCGUUCCAUUUAUAGCUUGAAUAUCGAGCCUUGUUGGCAGUUUUUUUCCCACAUUCAUUUUUUUCGGGUCUCAAAUUCAUUUGUGUUAUUAAACCAAUUGGAUCGUUGAGCAAAAAAGUCAUUAAUUUCCAUGAUUAAGGUGAAUAUUUAAAUACCAGAAACAAACAAAAAAAAAACAAACAAAAAUGUGCGGUGGAUUUACCUGUACAAAAAAUUCGCUUAAAGCGCUUAACCUUCUUUAUAUUGUUGUAUCGUUCAUAUUGAUUACAGUUGCAACUUAUGGUAAAACAAUCAUACAGAUUACCGAUAUAACAAUAAUCGAAGGUAUUUUUGCAUGUGGUGUAUUCUUAUUCAUACUUUCAAUGUUAGGCCUUGUUGGUACGGCUAAACAUAAUCAGGUUAUGUUAUUUUUUUAUAUGGUGAUUUUAUUCAUAUUAUUUGUGGCACAAUUUAGUAUUGCAUGUGCAUGUCUUGCAUUCAAUACAACCGAACAACGUGAAUUAGCUGAUAAAGAAUGGUAUUCAUCAACAAUUGAAAAUCAUCAACAAUUACAACGUAUAUUUGAUUGUUGUGGAUUUCAAUCGGAUGAUCCAAAAAAUUCGGAAUAUUGUCCAAAAGUAAAUUGUUGUCAAACAAAUGAUUGUCAACAAUGUUCGGAUUGUGAAUUAAAAAUACAACAAGCAAUUGGUGAUGUAUUACAUGUUGCCGGCUGGACCGGUAUGUUUUUUAGUUUUACCGAAUUUAUUGGUGUUUGGUUAACAGUACGAUAUCGUAAUCAGAAAAAUCCACGUUCCGAUCCAAAUGUUUUUCUUUAAAAAAAAACAAACACAAAAAAAAAUAAAUAUGCACAAUCAAUCAUCAUAUUAAUAUUAUUCAACUAUUUUUGUUUCUAAAUUUAUUAUUGAACAU